AAUAACAUCACGCAUUUUUCGUUUAUUUCUUUCCCCGAAUUUUUUUAAGACGCAGCGCAUAUUGCGGCGAUGCCCAAAUAGUACAGUGAAAGUGUGUUAAUACAGGAGAUCGUAGUGUAGUUUGAAAAUGUCGCCAAAGUGUCCGGUAUUGCCGUUACAAGAAAUCACGUUGUCGCUAGUAGCGAGACAGUUGAUACAUACCCUAUCUCGGGUGUCAUCCGACGAAGAUGCCGAGCUAUUGUUCGCUAUGGUGUCCUCUUACUACGAAAGUAUGGGCGCUACAACAGAUAUCUUCCAGGAUCUUAUCAACUUAAUAUUAACGUCGGAAUAUCUCGAUCCUUCGGUGAGAUAUUACACCAUGAAACUACUGCUCAAAGAGAACAUUAAGAGCUUAGCGACCGGUAUGUUUCCAGUUCCGUAUUACAGAAAAGUCAUUGAAAUAAUUGUUGAACAAGGUCGUCAUUUAACGUCGCUAAAUUUAAAAGGAGUUUGGGUCAAGGAUGAACAUCUGCCCCUAAUGUAUCAGCUUAUUAAGAAUCUCACUAAUUUAACUGCUUUGAACAUACCCUAUAUCGCUAAUGACGAAGUGCUCAAAUAUAUCGGUGAACAUAAUAAGGUACUAAAACUGCUUGAUGUGUCUGGAGAGACCGAUAUAAGGGAAAUCGGCAUUGAUGCUAUGCUAUCUGGUAAUCCGCAGUUGACGCAAAGCUUAACGGUUAUCAACAUAGGAAUGUAUGGCGAAGAAAACAUUGACCACACAGACGUGGCGUUAUUAAUACGGAGAUUACCAAACCUAACAAACCUUGGAAGUUAUUCGUUUGUCGGUAAAUCUAUUUCGCACAUUUACAACACGGAUUGUCCGCCGAAUUUCAAAACAAAGCUACAAUACAUACACGAUCAGCAAACGAAUAAUAAAACUAUGAAGGCUAUUGUGAAUCUUUGUCCACUGAUCGAAACUAUUUAUCUAGAGGAUCCCGAUCAAGGCGUAUUACAACAGAUUAAAGAGCUGAACUGUGUUAACAAAAUCAAACUUAACAAGUUCCAAUGCCAUGAGCUCCAUCAAUUAUUGGAUAAAAUAGGUCACAAAAUUGUAAGUCUCAUGUUAUCCGGGUCGUCAGGUUCGUUCAACUUCACGAGAAUCGCCGAGACUUGUCGAAACCUAGAAAGCAUAGAAUUUUAUUCAAUACAAACGGCAACACACGAAGAAGAAACUCCAUUCAAUAAAUUGGAGCAUAUUGAAAUAAUACAGGGAAAUCUGUCAUCGUCCUGUUUAAAAUAUUUGAUGACCGGCAGCCCGAAACUUAAGAAAUUAAUUAUUGGCGAUGAGAUCAAGUUAGACGAUAAUGACAUGGCACGAAUGUUGCGGAGAUAUAAAUUCGAAAAUCUCGAGGGGAUAUGGUUUCCGAACGCGCCGCGUCUCUCGUUAGAGACCGUUGAGCUAUUGAUGGAGAGCUGUCCAAAGCUGCAAAGUCUCGGACAACUGAGCGGUUGGCGUUUCACUCCUGACGAAAUGAUGCUCAUGAGAGCGGUCAUAGCGAGCACAAAUACAGACUUAGUUCUCUCUCCGCUCGGUAUAUUCCAACAAGGAAACUGAUGUCUACACUGGACAAUUACACAUGCAAAUCAUUACGAUGUAUUUCACGAAUUAUGUUUUCUAGUCAUUUGAAUAAUUUUUUCACGUUUUAAAUAAAA